AUGGCGACUUACGAGAAGAACGCAGCUGCAAUCGACAACGAUGCCAUUGGCAGGGCUACGUCAGAUGAUAUUGCACCCGUGGAGAAAGUGAACGCUCUAGAGGCGCGUGAGAUCUUCCACGAUGACAGCGAGGGCGUCAAAUUCCGGACUGUGAGCUGGCAGCGGGCCACAAUCAUCUUUCUCAAGAUCCAGUUUGCCAUGAGUAUCCUGGCUGUGCCUGGUGCGAUGGCAACACUGGGAGCCGUCGGAGGUGCGCUGUCCAUCGUGGGAUGGGAAGUCCUGAAUACCUAUACGGCGGUGAUCCUAGGUGACUUUCGCAACAAUCAUCCUGAAUGUCAUACUCUUGCAGAUAUGUGCGGUCUUAUGUGGGGUCGCAUUGGUAAAGAGUUGGUGACUCUUCAGAUUCUCGUGGCUCAGAUCCUUAUCACGGCGGCCGGCAUCGUGUCGUGCUCCACGGCUUUCAAUGCGCUGUCGAACCAUGGCGCUUGCACGGUGGUCUUCAGCUUCGUGUCCGCCGUGCUGAUAACCAUCUUCUCGUCCGUCCGCACGUUUUCACGCCUCGGUUGGCUCACUUGGCUGGGCUUCACGACGUUCUUUAUUGCUGUAUUCAUCUUCGUGGUUGCGGUGACACAGCAGGCGAGACCUGCCGCCGCGCCGCAGACGGGCGAUUUCGACCUCGGGUACACGGCGAUUGCGUAUCCUGGCUUCGUCGCUGGGAUAACCGCCAGCGCAAACAUCUUCAUUAGUGGCAGUGGAUCUCAGAUGUAUUUGCCUGUCAUUUCGGAAAUGCGGAAGCCACGGGACUAUCGCAAGGCCUGCAUUGUGGCAGGCAUCCUCGUCGGAGCCAUGUAUUUGACUUUCUCGUUGGUCAUCUACCGUUGGUGUGGUCAGUGGCUGGCCACUCCUGCCUUCGGUAGUGCUGGAACUCUCUUCAAGAAGAUCUCAUAUGGGAUCGCUCUCCCGGGCUUGGUAAUUGGGGUUGGCAUCUACCAGCACGUCGCAGCCAAACUCAUCUUUGUGCGCAUUCUGCGUAAUUCGAGCCAUCUGCAGGCCAAUACCGCCGUUCACUGGACAACUUGGCUUGGGAGCAACUUGAUUCUCGGAGUUCUCGGCUUCAUUGUUGCUGAAGCAGUCCCGAUCCUCAACUACUUGCUCGGCCUGGCAGGGUCGCUCUGCUUUGCGCCAUUCAGUCUGAUAUUCCCUGCGAUGCUUUGGAUGUACGAUUACAAGAUGUAUCGAAAGGGCACAACCUCUCAGAUGCUGACCUAUGGUGCGCACAUUCUUAUCGUCAUAAUUGGACUGUUUAUGGUGGUGGGCGGAACCUAUGGCGUUUCUGAAGCCAUCAAGGAGGCGUUCGCUGAUGGAUUGAUCUCGAAGAUCUUUGACUGCUCCGAUAAUUCGGGUUCGGUUUCUUGAAGGCUCUCACGUGCAAGAGGAUAUUAGCGAUGCUGUUUUCAGGAAAGUGGCACCGUCUGACAUGAAGUACGUCCAGCAGGUUCGCAACGACGGAUACCUUGACUGCAAGCUAGGACG